UGACAGUAAGUUAAGAUACUAUGGUUCACUGGUAGUAAUAAUGCUUAAAACGCAUGUUUAAAGUACAUAGCAAUAUAAAGAGGUUAUAGAUAUAUUUCAUUAACAAAAACAAUCUCGCAUUUUGGUGACGUCACACAUGACAAAUGGAGUUUUAUGAAAACAUAGUUAAAUUAAGUAAUUACGAAUUCUGACAGUGGAAUAAAUGAGCCCUCGUUUAAGAUACUAUAAAUCCCAAGGUUAUUUUAAAACUCGGAGUUAUUGUUGGGUUGUUUUGGAAAACUGGACUUGAUUUUGUCAGGUUAAAUGAACUACAAGUACCAGGCGACACACAGCGCCAUUGCCUGUUUUGAUGGGAGAGGAAACUCUUUUCAACAACAGUAUUCUUUUACCCAGCACCGCGGGCAGACAUUGCUACCUUUAUCUCCGACAAAUCCAUGCCAGUUGUGGCGUUUUUUCUUUUCUAACUUUGUAUUUCAAGGUGGUUAAAACUGUUAUAAGCUGUGGUAGAGUGUUCUUCAGCUGCUCGGUAAGGUGGAGCUUGUCAGCUAGCUCACGUUAGCCGACCGUCAACAGUAAAUUUACGGCUUAUGUCCGCCGCUGCCAGGUAGAUAAACUAAGGUUGGAGCCACCGGUCAGCCACAAUGGUUUGGUCAGUUCACCAAUUUCUUAUCACUGACAGCGGUAAAUAAUUCACCUGGUUCGGGAUAGACUUUACGGUAGUCUUUGUUUGCAUUUUCGCAACCUGGCUAGUUUGGCCUGUUUCAUUGUCUCGGUAACACACCAGUUGUUAUUCAGCGUUGUCUUUGGUUGUUUUUAGCCUAGUUGGGCUCAUUUAGCCUCAUUCGUGUAAUCUAAACCGCCCAGUUUCCCGGUUCAGGUUAUUUUCGAAAGCUUGCAAGUUUGGUUAUGGCGCAACACGACUCCUCUCAUGUAGCCAGCUCACAGAAAGCUCUUAUGUUAGAGAUGAAGAGCCUUCAAGAAGAGCCUGUCGAAGGUUUCAAAAUAACACUGGUUGAUGAGGCUGAUUUGUACAACUGGGAAGUGGCCAUUUUCGGACCCCCGAACACUCACUAUGAAGGUGGAUAUUUUAAGGCCCGGAUCAAGUUCCCUAUGGACUACCCGUACUCUCCCCCCACAUUCAGGUUCCUUACUAAAAUGUGGCACCCCAACAUCUAUGAGAAUGGAGAUGUGUGUAUCUCUAUAUUGCACCCUCCAGUAGAUGACCCACAAAGUGGAGAGCUGCCAUCAGAGAGAUGGAAUCCCACCCAGAAUGUCCGGACCAUUUUACUGAGUGUGAUUUCACUGUUGAAUGAGCCCAACACCUUCUCCCCUGCUAAUGUGGACGCCUCUGUCAUGUACCGUAAAUGGAGAGACAGCAAGGGAAAAGACCGUGAAUAUGUCGAAAUCAUCAGGAAACAAGUCCUGGCUACCAAAGCAGAGGCAGAGCGAGAUGGCGUUAAAGUUCCAACCACGUUGGCCGAGUACUGCGUCCGCACACGUGUUCCAGCCCCUGAUGAAGGCUCUGACCUCUUCUAUGACUAUUACUAUGAUGACGAUGAUGUGGAGGGUGGAGAGGGUGACUGCUGCUAUGAUGAGGACGACUCCGGAAACGAGGAGUCGUGACAUGCUUCUCACAGUAUCGUUGUCAAAGCUGGCGUAUGAAAAAUAUGCCAACUCCUUUAUUCUGCCUGGGUUGUGAGAUAUUCUACAACCACAAAAGUUUUAAAGCUUCUCACUUCUGACCCAACAGAAAAUGGCUGUUUUUACCUUGAUCUCUGAAUUCUUCUUGAGGGUUUUAAUUGAUGCUUCGUUGUUGAAAGGUCAAACCUGGUAAGAGUUGCACCAGCACAAUUUUUUUCCCUAUGUACCUUGGGACAACUGCUUUGUCAUUGGAGUUAUUCACUCCCAUGUACAGUACAGAAUGACUAUAGGUUUAAAGUGAUAUAUUUGUUUUUUAGAAGUGUGGUUGUACAAUGUACUCAUCUAGCGUCGGUGCUGGAGCCAGGAACUAGCCAGAGACACUGACACUCAGUGAUACAAAGAACAUGGUUGACAGUGUUGACAAAAGGGGAAAAAACUAUUAAAACAGGAAACAUAAGUAUGUGUGAAAAUGUGUAAAAUGCUUACUUCUCCAUUUCAUGGUGCCACGGUGGAGUCAGCAGUUUAUCACUGUGGCACACUGUCAAGACCUGCUGCUGUCUCCAUCAGUAACUAAUGUGUUAGUUAGUGACUUCACUAUGUGAAAUCCAUUUUGGGAACUACCUAAUUGACACAUACUUGCUUGAAGAGACAGCAUCAGUCUCAGAGCCACAGUUCCCCCUUAGGUAAAUAUGCAGCUUUUAUAUGCUAGAGAUUCUGUGAUUCACAAAGCAUGUUCUGACCUUAAAGUAACAUUAAUAAGUUCCAGUUAAGCAGCUGAAGCUGACAGGUAUGUUUUCAGUAAGAGUGGGUGUUAAGGUCACAGAACCGGUUCCUUCCUGAAACACUGAUUCAUGUGUCUGUACUAUAUACAACCACACUUCAAAGGAAUUAAAUUUAUCCCAGUAGUGAGCAUCAAAAGUAAAGACACACUGGUGCAAACUCUUCCAGACUCUCAGUCUUUUUGCAAAUCAUUAUUAGCUGAAAUCUAAGCGGGUUUCACUACCAGUCGUUUGUCUCAGCGACUGACAAAGCGGACUUAUGCGACCUGAUUAUGUUGAAUUCUGUCCACAAAAACAAUGAAUCAGAUAUGUCACUUAUCCCGUCUGUGUUGCUUCACCAGGACAGGACAUGAAUUGACACAGGACUGUGUUUCUGACGUUCCUGUGCAUGGCAGAACACCCUUUGGAAGCUUUGUCUUUUUCACUCAUGAACAAUUUGCCUUCAUUGAGAUCUGGUUUCAGCUUGGUAAUAACAACACGCGUGACAAUGGAGGACACUUGUCUGCUGAACUGUCUGAUGAGCUGAGUAUAUGCGUUCAAAAAUCCUCGUGAUGAGUUUUUGCUAACAUGAAACUGAUCUUUGAGGUGUUCUUCUGGUUAUUGUUGGAUGUAUUUCUCCGUCGUUAUGAGUGUGGGGUUCUAUUAUUUGAAGUAGCUCAGAUGUAAGUUGUGUAGGGUGACCAGGAUUUAUAGGGCAAGUGGGUGGGCAGAACUAAUUACCAAUCAGAGCUGUAUUCCUCCUCACGUUUGAUUCCAAUCUGGACAACCUACAGGAGCCAAAGACCUAAAUCAGUGUAACACCGAAAAUGUUAUAGCACUGUUUGUUGUAUUCUGUCUUUGAUUGCUCUGUUGCUUUUGUAUUUUAGUUUAUCUUUGAUAAGACCUUAUGCCUGCACUCUGCCGUUAGAAUCUUUUUUGUGAUGAGAUUAUUAUGUUUGUUUGGCAAGAAAAAAUAACUUUUGUUUGAAAUGUGUUUGUCUAAAGAAGAUGUUGCAGUACCAGUCAAUAAUAUGGUGAAUUCUUUUCAACCAGGAAAGUGGAAAAAGGUCACAUUUGUGCAUUUCCUUUGUGUUUACUGAGGACAAAUUGUACAUCAUUCAAGUGCAUUCUUGGGUAAACAGUUUUUAUUAUUUCAUUUAAACAAAUUGGGAAUCAUAGUAAAUUUCUCAGGACAAAUAAUCACAUAUAGAAUCAUUUAAAUAGGCAACUAUCUCCCUCUUUCGUUGGUCUUUGUUGUUGGUUUACAUUUUCAACAGAACACUUAAGUGGUAUGCACAUGUAGCUGUAUAAAUGAUCACCUGGUUGUUUUACUCACUUUUGUUUCUAUUUUAUUUUCUGCUAUUUAAAAUAGUAAUAAAAAUUAUUCAAAAA